CCGAAUCUAGACCCAGCGACAUUACGGGCGUCCCCUUGCCAUUCAUUCGUCCUCAUCUUUCUAAGCUCCCUGUUCUAUGUCCUUGAGCCAUCCACCAGGCCUAGCCUGUUGAGCUGGCUGUUUAGGUCUUCAAGUCAGUAUGUCGGGCUCAUCCUCACCCGGAUUAUUACGUCUGAUUGGCUGCGUCCAACGAGUCCUAGUAUCCCAAGUAUCACUUCCCUCGCCCUCACAUUAACCCGCGCCGCAAAUUCCUUAGUAUUAUGGCAAAUCGAGCCAGCAACGCACGCUUGCACUUUUGCAAGAUCAGACCCUUGGUAUCUGGACCAUACUGCCGACAGGUACGGCUUAUCACACCACAACCACGCAGGAGGGCAACCCGUAUGGAACCCAGCAAGGUUCAGUACGAAUUUGUGGAAGAAGUUGAGCGCCUGGACUACUACGUUCCUGGAGGCUACCACCCUACCAUGAUUGGUGAUGAGCUUGGUGCAGGUCGAUAUGUUGUCGCUCACAAACUCGGGUUCGGCCGCUCCGCCACAACUUGGCUAGCAGAGGACAGAAACCAAGGACAGCUGGUUGCUCUCAAGAUCUCUACCGCGGAGUCAGCUGAACGAACGCAUGAAUUGCAGAUUCUUUUGCAGCUAGCUAAGGCCGAGUCCGAGCUCCCUGGAAAGGAGUCUGCGCAGAAUCUGAUCGAUUCUUUCACGUUCUCAGGACCAAAUGGCACUCAUCGGUGUUUAGUUACGGAUGCGGCUAGGGUUAAUCUUGAUGAAGCGAAGGAUGCUGCCUAUCAUCGGCUCUUUCAUCUUCCUACUGCUCGAGCCAUUGCCGCGCAGCUCAUCCUCGGUGUGCAGUUCAUCCAUUCUCAAGGUAUCGUUCACGGUGACCUCCACCUUGCAAAUAUCCUUCUUCGCUUGCCAUCUGAUAUGCGAGACAUGACUCUUGAGCAGCUACGUGCUAAGACACGCGAGCCCGCAAGAAUUCCUGUCAUACGUGAAGAUAGCGCUCCCCUUGAUUUAGGAGUUCCUCCAGAAAUCAUCGUUCCCGUUUGGCUUGGGCUAGGUAGUGACGAGAUAUCCCUCGCGGACUCCGAAAUCAUGAUUGCAGAUUUUGGAGAAGCAUUCGAUCCUCAAAUAACACAGCAGUUUACAGCUCAUACACCGCUCCUGAUCGCACCGCCGGAAUCUCGCUUUGCAGAGCCAGGGGGAACUGAUGACCCGCUAUCCUUCCCGGGGGAUAUAUGGACGCUUGCGUGCACGGUCUGGGAUAUUCUCGGAGACAGACCCCCCUUUGAAGCCUUCCCCGCCACAUCGGAUGAGGUUACCAUUGAGCAUGUUGAACUGCUAGGCCAACUUCCAGAACGGUGGUGGAGGAGGUGGGAAAAGAGGAGGGAUUGGUUUGAUGAGGAUGGACGCAAGAAUGUGAAAGAGUCCCUUCGUCAAUGGUACCUGAAUAGCACCAGGGACUGGAACCAGCGAUUCUCGGAUUCUAUUCAGAAGCCCCGGGAGAGGAAGAAGUUCGAUAUCUUCUCCGCAGAGGAGGAAAAUGCGUUUCGUAAUAUGAUAAAGUCGAUGCUGGUGCUCGAGCCAAGUGAAAGGGCGACAAUCGAGGAAGUGGUGCUUUGUGAGUGGAUGCAGAGAUGGGGCCUGCCGGAGGUGCAAAAAAUGCGAGAUGCACUACAACAGAUGGAAAACAUUUGAACUAAUGUGAAAGUAUAUUCCUUAUCAAUGGUGUCGAGCCUAAUAGAGCUUUUAAGUAAUG